AAAGCGUCAUUUAUUUGAGACGCGUCUGUGGGCUCAGUUAUGUUUGGCCCAAACAGCACUCCGUACAACUCAUACGUUUCUUGGAUGCUAGACAGCGUUGUUAGAAUCAUGUGACCGCGGCGAUCAAUACUUAAUUUGUGGCUUUGUUUAGGUAGACCUGCGAGUCGAUCGAUUUGGCGUACAAUAUAUUGGUCAACAGAGUGGAGAGUAAGAUGAAUUUACCAUUUACGUGAUAUUUAUAUCGACAAGAUGGAGAAGAUUUGCCAGGCUGUUCAGACAUCUCCCAAUAUGGUAUAUAAAUGUGAAGAAGGGGACAACAGAAAGGUAAUGUUAACUCAAUCAUUAGACCAGAACUCCAUUUUUAAGUAUGCUGUGGAGAAAAGGACUGUGCAUAUUAAGGAAGAAAUGUGUGAAUGGCAAGCUGUCCAUUGCAGCCAGGAGAGCCCGUCCACCAUGCAGAAGGACUGUGAGCAGGUGGCAGGCAUCACCAAAGCAGACUUUGAGUGCAAGUCUGUCAGCAAUGAUAUGCAGAAGUAUGUGAUUGGAAAUGGUUUCAAAGAAGAAGGCCCUGACUCGCCGCUUUUCUCGCAGUAUUUGCAUCCUAAUGAAGGUGUAACCAGGCUAGAGACGGCUGAGAGUAGAUGCAGCUUUCUUCAUUCUGCCCAUGUGAAGUCUGAAACAUUGCAUUCUGACCGAAUGACGACUGACAAAGCAUUGUCUCCAGAUCAUUUUGUCAAAGAUUUCCAAGAGAAUGGCAGCUGCUCAGUGUCUUCAUUUCAAAAGGCCAUCCUUCAGGAGAAAACUAAACUGAAACAGCAUAGUGAAAAUAUUGGAACUACUGUGUCCUGUGUGGUGAGUUUGAAACUGGCCCCUGCAAAUUGUUAUCGACUUCCUGUGGUCAAGCUGACCAGGAUUGAUUCUAUCAAAAGUCUUCAGUGGCUCCAUAAUAAAAAUUCUGUGGCUUUGUUUACCUGCAGACUGUGCGGAAGGUGCUUUAACUACAGAUCACAUUUGGAUGAACACAUGAAAAGGCAUAUUGGAGUGAAGUCACAUUUUUGUAAUGAAUGUGGUAAGCAAUUCAUGCUUAAAAGUCACCUUCAAAGGCACAAGAAAAUUCACACUGGAGAAAAGCCAUAUUGCUGUUCUAAGUGUGGCAAGAGAUUCCUAAAUAAAAGUAAUUUUCAACGACACAAGAGAACUCACAAUGGGCCUCGAGAGAAGCCAUAUUGCUGUGUUGAGUGUGGCAAACUAUUCACAGAAAAGGGCACACUUCAGAGACACAUAAGAACUCACACUGGAGAGAGGCCAUAUAGUUGUUCUGAAUGUGGAAAACAGUUUGUGGAGAAAAGCAAUCUCCGGAGGCAUAGAAGGACUCAUACCGGAGAGAGGCCAUAUUGUUGUACUGAAUGUGGUAAACGAUUUGUGGACAAAAGUCACCUUCGGAGACACAGAACUUCUCACACAGGACUGAAGCCAUAUAGCUGUGCUGAAUGUGAUAAACGGUUCAUAAGCUUAAGUGAUCUUGAGGUGCACAAGAGAAUUCACACUGGUGAGAAGCCAUUUGGCUGCGAGGAAUGCGGCAAGCAGUUUGCAAGUAUACGCACGCUUCAGUCACACAAGAGAAUUCACACUGGAGAGAAGCCAUUUUCCUGUACUGAAUGUGGUAGGAGAUUCAUAGAAAAAGGAUCCCUGCAAAAACACAGGAAAACUCACACAGGAGAGAAGCCAUAUCGUUGCACCGAAUGUGGCAAACAGUUCACAAGGAUACGGAAUCUUAAGGAACAUAAAAGAAUUCACACGGGUGAAAAGCCACACUGCUGUACUGAAUGUGGCAAGCGUUUCAUAUGCCGAAGUUCUCUACGGAAUCACAAAAGAAUCCACAUGGGAGAGAAACUGUAUUGCUGUACCGAAUGUGACAAGCGGUUCAUGCAAUUAAGUCAUCUUCAGGCCCACAAGAGAACUCACACUGGAGAGAAGCCAUAUGGCUGUACACAGUGUGGUAAACGAUUCAUGCAGAUCAGCCACCUUCAAGCACACGAGAGAAUUCAUACAGGAGAGAGGCCGUACUGCUGCAAUGAGUGUGGCAAAGGAUUCAAACAAGUAAGCGCCCUUCAGGGACACAAGAGAAUUCACACUGGCGAGAAGCCCUACUGCUGUGCUCAGUGCGGAAAGCGAUACACUCAGAGAAGCAGUCUGUAUGCACACAGUAAAAUCCACAUAGCUUUAAUGAACAGGGUAAAAGAUAAUGGUAAUGCAUCCUCUGCAGAGACACAGUCAAAGUUGCAGCCAUCCAUUUUUUGAAUCGGCUUCUUUCACCAUAUGGCUGAGGAAGCUUAAGCUGCAGUGGAGUAAGGAGUGAACCAACUCUGCAUGGAGCACCAGUGCAUCAAAGACCAAGAUCAUUAUCUCCAGUGUGUAACUUAAUCCAGGGGGCUUAACUAUUGUCUUUCUUGUUCUGUGUAGUGUUAAAUCAACCUCUUAAGCAGCUUUUGUCAACUGUUGAAACAUUUCUGGUGCUCAAACAACAACAACUUACCAUGCAGAGGUGUGAUGACAGGUCACACAGGUCAGGUCCUUGAACAAAUUCUUAAUGGCUUUAACUUGGACACCUAGGGAUCUUGUGGACAUCCACCAUCAUUUUGCCAAGAUCUUUAGGUGUUGCUCUUGAUGUAUAUUUGAGGAUCAUCACCCUGCCAGAAUUUCACUCUCCUAGGUCUGGUUUAGGUUCUUCUGGGCAAUUUGCCCCUUUGGCUCCAUUCAGUGUAUUCCUUUAAUCCAAUGCUGGUCCUCGCUGUUGAAAUGCAGGUAUUAACCUGAUGUAGCCACUCACAUCCUUCAUAUCAGGGAUGAUGCUAGAUGGGAAAUGAGCUUUGUUCACUUUGUAUUAGGGAUGCUCUGAUCACAUUUUUAUAGGGCCGAUUCUCUCCUUUUUUUUCCUCUCUCUUUUUAAAAAACUUUUACACUAAGCUCUUGCAUAACCAGAUUCAGAGAAGCCUUGUGUUCUAUAUUAAAGUAUUAACUUUGAUAUUUUUAUAAUUAAACUGUAGAUGACAUGUAAAUUUUUUAUUGACAUAAUUAAAUUCUGUAGGUUUAUUGUAUUAUUUAUUAUAAUUUAUUAAUUUAUUAUUUAUGUAUUGUUGACUAUA